AUGGGUUCUCUCCGGGUGUCUGUGUCUUCCCUCGUCGUCAUCGCCGCCGUCUUUCUUCUCUUCGUUCUCACCUCCGCCGAAAUCCGGUUCACCGAGAUUCGAUCCGAUUCAAACAUCAACAUUCCGAUAGACGAAUUCGGAUUCACUCACUUCGGUCGUCUCCACCUCAACUUGUCUCAAAUUUCAUUCACUCCUCCAGAACCCGAUCUUUCCAGAAUUGGAUUCUUCUUGUGUACUCGUGACUCAUGGAUCCAUGUCGUCGAACAACUCCAAUCGGAGAAAAUCCGUUGCCCUCUCGAUUCCCCCGCCGUCAAACCCGUCUUUACCUUCAACCACCUCAAACCCACCACCACAACGCCUUCCUACGAUGCCGUUUUCAACGUCACCGAUACCAAUCAAUUCACACUCGUUUUUGCCAAUUGCGCCGGCGGCAUCAAAGUUUCCGUCAACGUCCUCUCCGUCAUGUACAAUCUAAGCCCCCAAAACAACCGCCGCGAUUACUUAUCCGCCGGUAAAUCAAAUCUCCCUUCAAUCUAUUUCUUGUUUUUCUUGAUUUAUGCGUCUCUUUCCGGUAUAUGGAUCUACACGCUGCACCACAGGAAGUCAUCAGCUUAUCGAAUCCAUUACUUUAUGUUAGCCGUGUUGCUUUUAAAAGCCCUAAAUCUCUUAUGCGAAACCGAGGAUAAAUCCUACAUUAAAAGAUCAGGCACACCUCAUGGUUGGGAUGUUCUGUUCUACAUCUUUAGUUUCUUAAAGGGUAUCACACUCUUCACUCUGAUUGUUCUCAUCGGCACUGGUUGGUCUUUCUUGAAACCUUACCUACAAGACAAAGAAAAGAAUGUGUUGAUGAUCGUCAUCCCCUUGCAAGUCGUCUCCAAUUUGGCUCAAGUGGUGAUUGAUGAAACGGGUCCAUUCGGACAGGAUUUAUCUACAUGGAGACAAAUCUUCUUGUUAGUAGACAUAAUCUGUUGUUGUGCUGUUUUAUUCCCGAUUAUUUGGUCGAUCAAGAAUCUGCGAGAGGCUGCUAUGACUGAUGGAAAGGCGGCUGUGAAUUUGAUGAAAUUAACAUUGUUUAGGCAGUACUAUGUUGUUGUCAUAUGCUACGUUUACUUCACAAGGGUGGCGGUUUAUUUUUUGGAGAUGAUUACUUCGUAUCAGUAUGCUUGGACAAGUGUUUUCUUAGCUGAAUUGGCUACACUUGCUUUCUAUGUGUUUACUGGAUACAACUUUAGACCCAAGACGCACAAUCCUUACUUUGCCAUUGAUGAUGAAGAGGAAGAAGCUGCUGUUGAGGCUUUGAAGCUUGAAGAUGAGUUUGAGUUAUGA